UAAUGGUUUCAGGUUCUAGUAUGUUUCCUAAAUUAGUGUCGCUGCUGUCGUCUACCUUAUACCGAUUACAUGUCGAACAGUACUCGGGCAGUGUUAACACGAACUGUGGUCUCUCUGCUCGUCUGCAAACAGCAGUGCAUGAAAAUGUUUAAGUGAUCGAGGGAAAAUGUCUGCAGAAAACCAACCAAUUUUGUCUGGAAAUGGAAAGCCAGUUUCAAGUACAGAAACAAGUCCUGUGUCCAGUGGCAGUGCUCUAUUUCAUGAUAGUUCCCAAUCACCAAGUGCUAGACUGUGUCAGCUUCUGUUUGUUGCCCUGGUUGUGCUUAUGGUAGUGAUUUCAGUUGUGCUGAGCAUAUAUCGUGGAGUUGUAGUCAAUGAGAAUGGUUUCAUGUAUUUCCUGCUUGGCCUUGGUCUUAUUGGUUUUGCAGUUCUGGAGAUAAUCAUGAUAAUGUUUGUCAGGCGUGGAGACCUUCCCAAAGGGAAGACAUGGUUUCUGUACAUUGUUGGAGGAGCAGUCAUUCUGCAAUCAAUUUUUACAAAUGUUGUAUUGUUUGAAUAGUAUAUUGACAUGAAAGUUAUAAUAAGAAUAACCAAAUAACAUGAAAGAUAAAUGCUAUAUCUAUAGCACAUCUUGUAACUACAAAUAUUUUUGUUACAUCUUUUGGUGUUGAAGAGUAAAUCCAUGAUGUUGAAAUCACCUAUUUGCCUUUCUUGACAAUGUCACUUUGAUCAUUACAUAUCUAUGGUUAAUUAGUAAUUUGUUUAAGGGUAAAGUCUAAAAAUAUUCUGGUUUUUAACACUUUAUCUCUUUUGAUUGCCUAGAGCAGUUGCCAAAUUUUCCUAGCGUAGUAGUCCAUCAUUACUGAAAAGUUUUGUUAAAUGUUUAUAGAGAUGGCUGUUACUUUACUAAGACUUGUUUUUAGUUUGAUUUCUUUUUUUUCCCAAAAUAUACUCAGGCUACAUGCAUUAAACAUAUAUUUUCUAAUCUUUCAUCAAUAGGUGUGGUUAGCAGGUUCGAUACCUAUGAAUUUGUGGUUGCACACCUCUAUAAAGAUGUUUGAAUUCUUGAACAUAUUUAUAAGAAAACUAUGAAAGCUUUUGCGAGCUAAGUAGGUCAAAGUAUAUAUAAAUUGUUCAAUUACAUGAAGCAGAGAAGUACAUGGACUAAUACCCCAAGUUAAUAAACCCCCUUAAUAUGUCUGUAUGGGAUUCUAAGAACAUCCAACAGUUUCAAGGAAGGUUCUGAAAACCCACCCUCAGUUUUAACGGGGGUUCUAAAAUUCCAUGCCAUACUUUAAAAGAGCUUGCAUUCCUCUUUAUGUUGAUCACUGAGUUUUUUUUACAAGCUAUUAUGUGCAAUAUACCUGUCAUUCAUGUAACCAAAUGACUUGUAAUAUAACUUUGUAAAACAUUUACUAUUCUGUAAUGAUUUUGUACAGUUUUUGACAAAAAUUAGUAGCUGGUGAAAAAUUUUUUACAUUUUAUUUUACAGUUUAAAAUUGUUGAAAGGUCUCAUUGCUUUCUUUAUGUAUAAAAUGCUUUAUGUGAAAUGUUAUUAUUGGAUUAUGACUUUAAGAAAUAAAUAUAUUUUCAGCAUGUUA